GACUUCCCCGUCACGUGACCGCAGGAAGCUGCCAGCUGAUGACGGCGGAAGCGCAACACAAACACCGACGCGAUGAGCGACGCGGACAGCGAGCGCAUGGACAGUCUGGACGGAUGGGUCGCCGUUAAACGCGACGCCUUCGACGACAGCGAGAGCCACAAACUCAGAUUCAUCGUGGAGUGGAACGAGAUCGAGACGAAGUUCGCGGUGACGUGUCAUAACCGGACGCUGCAGCGGCGCGGCGACGCGAGCGGCAGCUGCGCGGGUCUGUUCUCCGGCGAGCAGCUGAGCGGCGUCGGAGCGCACCUGAGCGGCGUCCGGGAUGAGCUCGGCCCGCUGUUUCCCGACCUGACGCGCUUCCGCGAGCCGAGCCUGUGGGAGCUGCUGUUCUCCAGCGCGCCGCGGUGCGAUGCUGACGCGGCCUGCAGGCAGCUGGAGCGCUACUUCGGCGUCGCGGUGGACGCGUGCGGCCGCAAGAUCGUGCUGGACGCGCUCUUCAGCGUCACUGAGGCGGACGAGCGCGAGUACUUCGAAAACCUGCAGGAGUUUAAAUGCAAAGCGAUGCGCGACGAGAUGACGCGCGCCAAAGACACGCUGGGCGCGCUGCUGCAGACUCAUCCCAGCACUGACGGGCUCCAGCGGCUGAUGAAGAUCUAUGAGGAGGAAGAUGAGACUUACAGGGAAUUAGUGAGUGUGGCGACGAAGUUCUACCAGAACCUUCUGCAGCCCUUCAGAGACAUGCGAGAGAUCGCCACGCUCUACAAGACGGAGAUUCUGAAAUGUCUGCAGUACGAGGAGCUGGGGCCGAAGCGUGUGAGUGAACUGGAGGCAGAGAUGAACGAAUGGAAUCAGCGAGGAGAAAAAGCUGUUCACUCCAUACAGGACAUCACAGCCGACUACUUCAGAGACACGUCCAGAGCGCUCACAGGUAUGGUGAAACAGAUGGAACAGGAUCAGAAGAGAUUUGGCCACGCCUCUUGGGCAAUGGCCACGCCCAGACAAGAGAAACUCAGAGUCCUAUUGGCUAAAGAGACGCUGCAGUACAUGAGAGCAAAAGAGAUGUGCAUCAAACGCAAGAGAGAUGAGAUCCGAGAGAAGAUGCGUGGCGUUACGGCGGGCGGCUCUGAGGCCGUGAGUGUCAUCCGUGAGCUGGAGCUGCAGUAUUACGAGACACAGCUGGAGCUUCACGACUGCAGGUUUGAGAUCCUGAGGAACGAAGAGCUGCUGCUGCUGACACAGAUCAAGAGCACUCGGCGACAGAUCAGAGAGCUGCAGGAGCAGGUGGUGUAUUAUGACACCUGUGAGGACCCCGAGGAGCUGCAGGAUGUUCAGGUGGAUGUAAGUCCCGCCCACUCACACCUGCAGCAGCACCUGAAACAACUGGAGAGCAAAAGAGGAGCGAUUUCAUCACGCAGAGCUUACCUGAGGAACCAGCGGGAGCUGUGUGUUCAGGCUCAUGAGCAGCAGCAGCAUUCAGUCGUGCAAAGAUCGGAGCAGCUCCGCCAACACCACACCGCACAGCUGAAGCGAGAGAAGAGGAGAGCUGAGGAAGAGCAGAUGAAGCAGUGGGUGGAGAAUGAGAGAGCAAAGACGCUCAACAGAGUGCGCAGCUUCAGAGAGAGGCAUCAGGGUCAGUACGCUUUACAGACGGCUCAUGUGAAGCCAGUGUCACAUGACUCCAGCAGAGAUGACUCCUCCCAGCCCCUGUCAAUCAUCAACCUGGGGCCGCAGAGCUCCACCCCCCACAGGAAGAGGAGGAGUCAGAAGCAGCGAGACAUACCGGUGCAGAUUCUGCUGCCACCUGGAUCGGCAUCAGCACAGCCAGACCAGACGCCUCCUGCUCCUCCUAACCCUCCUCCUCUUCUUCCUCCACCUCCACCUCCUCCGCCCCUCCCUCCUCCUCCUCCUGCCCCACCCAUCAGUGCGAAGCUGCCCGUCCGAAACACUCUAGAGCAAAACUCGGGAUCGAUGGACGAGCUGUUAGCGUCGCUGCAGCGUGGACAGACACAGCUGCGGAAGGUCACGGUCAGCGCAGAGAGCGGCGACGUCAGGAACAGCCUGCUGUCAGCCAUCCGUCAGGGAGUCACCCUGAAGAAAGUCCCGCCCUCCAGCGGCCCCACGCACAGCUCCGACUCAGAGCUCGAGCGGAGCAUCAAAGCCGCCAUGAUUAGGAUGAAGAAGGUGUCUAACGACUCUGAUGAUGAAGAGCCAUCAGACGCGCCGUCUGGAGACUGGGAGAGUUAAACACGACCGUCUGUGAUUCACAAACACUGCUGCUGGACAACGCCGUUUCAGCUGCCAUUUCUGAUUGCCAUGGCUAACUUCCUUUGCCAAACUUUGGGUUUUUGCACUGAUAUGUCUUGUCGUAGGAAUACAUAAGUAAUUUUCCAUGAAAAUAUAGCCAGUUGCACUAAACAUUAGAAAUGUGUGAAAAACAUCUGUGAUCUGUGAACGCUUUCAUUAAAGUGCCUGAUCAAGA